AUUCGGUGAGCAAAUAAGCAAAUGAACCAUAACAAUAAAUCGCAGCUCCUUAGAGAAUGUUAACACGGUAAACUAGAGGAAAAGUAAGUGCAAAAAAGGGCGAGUAGAAUAGAAAGCAAAAAAAGACAGUACAAAUACAAAUAAAACACAACAGUUGAACCGAUAUGCAGCCAAGCAGCAAAAAGAAAAGUGGAAUUAAAGACGAGAUAACCAAAGUAAGCCAAGGUGGCCAGAGGUUGUUGCUGUAGGAUGAAGCGAAUAAGCAGAAAGUAUGGAGCAUUGCCUAAUCCUUAAGGGCCAGGAAUAUUUAUCGAUAAUCGCAGCAAGAAAAUCUACAUUAGCUACGCAAAUGAACUGAAAAGGGCAAAGUGUGUAGUGAAAACAAUGAAAGAUGAAAGUAAAAAACAACUGAACCAGCAACAACAGCUCAAGUGAAACAGGCCCGGACCGCGAAGGGCGGGACAGAAGUAGUGAAAUAAGUAAAUAAAUGCUAACGUUUGGGCUAACAAACAGGAAAGCAAUAAAAGUGGCAAAGUGGCAGUCUAACUAGCUCGCAAUAACACUUGAAGUCAGUUUGUUGUGUGCGCCUGUGUGUAUUGACGAAAGUUUCAUAAGGGCUGGGGAAAACUGUAGCUUAUAAACUGUCGUGCUCAUACUCGGAAUGGCUUUUCGAAAACAAAAACUUUCAACGCUAUAAAGUGCCACUGAAAAUUCAUAAAACAAUCAUAAAAUAGGCAGCCUGCAACGCUGUUUAACCGAAAAUCAGAGCAGGUCUUACGGCCCAUUCGCUUCAAUAAAAGAAUAUACAAAAUAUUUUAUUCAACUAUUUUGUUAUUGUUUGCGCUUACUUUCAAAUUUUUAUUACAUAUUAUUUAUGGGUAUCACGGCGCGGAUAAAGAGUCGCCAUUUGUGAGAGGAUGUGACACAAAUAUUUACGUAGCGCAGCAAUAAAACAAAAGUUGUAGGCGCACAAAUACGGCUAUUGGUUUCUGCUCCGCCACUACGAGCGGCGGCAAGUUGUUCGUGUCUGCUAUGCUGGCGUAAAAAAUAUCAAAACUGACACUAGCAGAAUGACACUCCGACGAACGGCUGGCAAUCGUAAUAAUUCCCUUCGUAAACCCACUAACUUCCCGCGGCAAGUGCCAUCGCAUACGCUCUGUUGCAAUAGCAGUCUGGGCUGGUAGCGGCAGUCGCAGUGAGUGAACGAAGUGGAAUUGAAAGUUAAGUGCAUUGCAUUGAAGUGAAGGGAAGUGACGAGAUUUCCAUGUGAAUAGACAACAAUUUAGAGCACAAAUCCGCAAUGCGAAUAUGGCGAGUGGCGGCAAGUCAGCCGAAAAACCCCAGCUGCAGCCAACAAAAAGAAAUUCGCGACUGAGUGAGUGCAACAGUGCAAAGCAGAAGGAGUACUGAAGAUAAAAAAGCUUCCGUGUGAAGGUGCAGUUAAACUGACUGCACAAGUGACAGCUGUGUGACAGCGAGUGAGCAAGUGAAUGAGUGUGAGGGCUUGAGUGACGGACAAAGUUUUCAAAUAUCACGCAUACUACGGGUGCUGCUGUGAUAAUGUAAAACAACAACAACAACAAAAGGAACAGUAACACCAAUUACAGCUACACCAAUUGUUACAACAACAAUAAAUCGCCGCAUCAACUUUAAUUGCUGUGUGCGCGCAGUCCAGUGAUAGCUGAUAGCACCCGGCCAGUGCGCGAGCGACAGGAUGCACUCACGUCAGCCAGAUGUACGCGCGCCAAUGUGGCAACAGCUGCUUGCAGCUGUCAUUUUCUCUCUGCUUAGCGUAGUACCCCUCCAAGCUGAAGUGGUCGACCUGACACCGCAGUAUAUCGCUUCCCCCUCCACAUCAGCCAGCAGCAGCAGUUUCACAGCGGGUGGCACGUCGUCAGCGGCGGCGGCGUCAGCUGCGGGCCUAACGGGCACUGUCUUCGUGGAGCCCUAUUUGGAUGGCUUUGACACAACAAAUGUAACCGCACAGAUCGGCACGCACGCGUAUUUGCCAUGCCGGGUGAAGCAGCUCGGCAACAAAUCAGUGUCCUGGGUGCGAGUUCGUGAUGGUCAUAUACUCACCGUUGACAGAGCCGUUUUCAUUGCAGACCAACGAUUUCUAGCGCUGAAACAGCCAGAUAAAUUUUGGACGCUGCAAAUAAAAUACGUACAAGCAAGAGAUGCGGGCGCCUACGAAUGUCAAGUGUCAACAGAGCCAAAAGUUAGCGCCCGAGUGCACUUGCAAGUGGUUGUGCCCCGCACCGAAAUCGUUGGUGGUCCAGAUCGCUUGGUCAAAGCUGGCAGCACUGUAGUUCUGCGUUGCAUUGUUCGUGGCGCACUGGAGCCGCCCACUUUCAUAAUGUGGUUCCAUAGUACGGAGCAAAUAAAUGCCGAUUCACGUCGCUAUCGCACACAAGUCGACCGGAGUCUGCCCGAGAUCGAAGGCGACGCACACAGUACGACCGGCUCAUUAAUCAUUGAAUCAGCGAAAAAACGUGAUAAUGGCAAUUACACAUGUAGCCCGUCAAAUAGCCCCAGUGUGACUGUGAUGCUCAACGUUAUAAAUGGUGAGUCCUCCGCAUCAGCUGUCACCUCAUCUGCCCCAGUGCGAAAAGCUUACACAGCCUGCAUACUGGCCAUGUUAUUCAGUGUUAUAAUAAUUGGAGGGCAUAACACAUGACAUGUUAAUUUACGAAAGCACCAAAAGCGACAUAAUCGACAGCUCGAGCAACAGCAGCAAAGUAGGCAACAACAAGAACACGAAAAACAAAAGUUGGAGCAAAUUGAAUCAAUAAGAUUUAUUCGAUUGGAUGAGGAGGAUGCAGACGAUGGAGGGCAUGCGAUGGAAAAUUCGUGUCAAAAACAGCCAACUCAACUAAGAAACGUUAUUGAACCAGCAACUAAAGCAACAGUUCGAAGAAGUAAAGCUGAACGACAACAAACAAAAGCAAAAGCACAUUUCUUCUUAACCAUGUAAGUUUAUAUAGACAACCGUAUCCAUAGACAUUAGAGAAACAAACACUUUAGCAUAAGUAUAAGUAGAAUAUGAAACAUUAAAUUAGAAAAACAGCAUGAAAACACAACAAAAACAAACACACAUGAUGUCAGGUUAAAUCUGAGGUUGAACAAAAGGCUGUAAGCUGUAAGCUGUAAGCUGAAAGUCGAAAGCCCGCAAAGAACCGAAUAAUAAACCAAAGCAGGUAACCGAGAAACAACAGAAAAAACAGGCCAGUAACUAUAGAAAAUUGCCGCCUACGUACAUAUGUAUGCGCUAAGCAAUGAACUAAAAAAGAGAAGCGCAUACACAAAUUAACGUUCAUACACUGCGACAGCUGAAGAGGUAUGCAGCAGGUACCUACCAGUAUGUGAGCGAGUGAAUGUCACUCAUACGACACGUAGGCCCAGAUAGGAAAACACCUACUGGCACGUGCGUGCGGCCUGCUAUAUUAUACGAGCUUGCCAUUUACCGUUACCCGAUCACAGUUCACAACAACACAGUCUCAACGCCAGCAAUCAAAAAAUAACCAGUGGAAGUUUUUCACACACACACACACACAUCUACACAACCAAAACAAAGCGCGAAAGUGUAACAGAAAAGCAGAAAACAGAAAACAGAGAAGAGCUGUAAGCAAAGAAUUUGCAAAAGCUAACUAAGUUAAGCGUCAAGUGUAUGCAUUUCUAUAUAACAGUAUAUAUAAAUAGUAUUAGUUUAUAAAUAAGUAAGUAGCAUGCCUAUACAUACAUGUAUGUAUCUACAUAUGUACAUAUAAUGCAUAACAACAGGCCAACUCAUAUGUGCAUAUGUGUAUGUGUUUAGUAUCAGAAUAACAACUUGUAUGUGACUAUUUUUAGGCGAGUGCGGCAAA